CUCUCCACACACACACGCACACAAUUAGCAACGCAACAUGUUAUGAAAUUGUCUAAGUAACUUGACGCUGGUUUGUUGAGGGUGGUCUCCAUAGCAACGCAUCAACAACACAUUCCGUAUAAACAACCAUCAAAGCGGAGAACGGCCGAUAAUCGCUGAAGUGUAAAGUGUAGUGGACAUGCCUGCAAUCCGAUAUGCAUGUGAUCAAGAUAAAUCGGUUUUGCUGCAUAAUUUUGAGGCCCGUGGUUGGGUAGCUGUAAACCCAGAUGAAAACUGGAACUUCUACUGGGCCUCAGUGCAGAAUAUCAGAGAUAUCUUCAGUGUGGACAAUGGCUAUCGUUUAGCUGAUGACCAGAUCAUUAAUCAUUUCCCAAACCACGUUGAGAUUACACGUAAGGAUUUAAUGGUGAAAAACAUCAAACGUUACAGAAAAGAACUUGAGAGAGAAGGAAGCCCCCUGGUGCAGAAAGAUGAAACUGGAAGAUAUUUAUAUUUAGAUUUCAUUCCUCAAACCUUUAUGUUACCUGCUGACUACAACUUAUUUGUUGAAGAGUUCCGUAAACACCCAAACACCACAUGGAUUAUGAAACCAUGUGGUAAAGCUCGUGGAAUAGGUAUAUUCCUGGUCAACAAACUUUCACAACUCAAGAAAUGGUCCCGUGACAGCAAAACAAACAGCUUUGUUCCACCCACGGCUAAGGACACGUAUGUCAUCUCCAAAUACAUUGAUAAUCCUCUGCUGAUCAGUGGCAAGAAGUUUGAUCUUCGUCUCUAUGUUAUUGUCACAUCUUUCAGACCCUUGAAGUGUUAUAUGUACCAGUUGGGUUUCUGCCGCUUCUGUACCGUAAAAUACAAUGCUAAUAUCACCGAACUGGACAACAUGUUUGUACAUUUGACCAACGUUUCCAUUCAGAAACAUGGUGAAGACUACAAUGCUGUACAUGGUGGCAAAUGGACUGUACAGAAUCUACGACUUUACCUGGAAAGUACUCGUGGCAAAGAGGUCUCAGAUAAACUGUUUGAUGAGAUUAACUGGGUUGUGGUCCAUUCCCUUAAAUCAGUUGUGAAUUGCAUUUCCAAUGACCGUCACUGCUUUGAAUGUUAUGGCUAUGACAUAAUCAUUGACAAUACUUUGAAGCCAUGGUUAAUUGAGGUAAAUGCAUCUCCCUCAUUGACAAGCACCACAUCCAGUGACCGCAUCAUGAAAUAUAAUUUAAUCAACGACAUAAUUAACAUUGUGUUGCCUCCAGGUGAUGUACCAGAUGUGAGAUGGAAUCGGACACCAGCUAAGGAGGCCCUAGGCAACUUUGAACUGCUCUAUGACGAAGAAAUUGCUGCCAAUGAAACGGUCCACCAAGACAAGAAUCGCUAUAGUAACAGCAUACCAAUGGUUCGUCCCAGCAACCAAAGAAAACAAACUACAACAACUUGGAGAUAACCUCAAAAACAAUAAAUAAAAAUAAA